GGAGAUGGAGUGCAAGUUUAUUGAGAUAAUAUCAUAUCUUUGUGAUUUAGUAGAAUAUUUUCCAUAUAUUUAUCUUUCCUAUUUUUCCAAAGAUCCUAAGAUAUCUUAUGAUACUAGGACUUGGAAUUGUAUCUCUAUAUAUUUCCCAAGUUGAUUAAUGAGAAAUCAAGCAAUACAAAAGCUAUUCAUUAUCUCUUCUCCCUAAUUUGUCAUGGUAUCAAGAGCAGGAUAUUUUUCUUGAUUUUUUUUCUUUCUAAACCACCAUGGCUGGUGAUGAUGUGCCGCCGCCAUCACCACCGACCAAAAUUGAAUCAAAUUCCCCUUAUUAUCAAGGUCCUCAAGACAGACCUGGAGAUUACAUUACUCCUACUCGUCUCAAAGGCAACAACUUUGAUGAAUGGGCGGCCGAUAUUCGGACUGCCUUGGAAGCCAGACGCAAAUUCGAGUUUCUUGAUGGUACUAUUACGGUACCACACCCCCCCUUGCUCAAAGUCCGAUUGGACAGCCUUGAAUGCUAUGUUAAUUUCUUGGUUUUCCAAUACUAUUGCCCCUGAGAUUAAGUCUUCCCUGUCCAAAUUUAGAGAAAUCAAGCCGUUUUGGGACCAUCUACAGCAACGUUUUGCUCAGACCAAUGGCCCUCGAAUUCAACAACUCUGAUCAUCUCUUGUGCGGUGUGAACAGAGCAAGUCCAUGGCAGUCUCUGUAUACUAUGGUAAAUUGCACGCUCUUUGGCUCGAAUUAGAUCACCACGAGCCUUUAAUCUCCUGCUCGUGUUGCUCGGCUUGUACGGCAGGUCGUCUCCACGAGCAACGCCGAGAUCAGUCACGCUUACAUAUUUUCUCAUGGGUUUGUACCCAGAUUACUAUUCUUCUCUCCGGUCUUAUAUUCUUUCUCAAUAUCCCUUACCUACUCUUGAUAGGGCUUAUCAGCUAGCCGUUCAAGAGGAGCGGGUUCGCAAUGCUCGGAAGGAAGCUGAAGCGUCGACAUCCGAUGCUGUUGGUUUCGCUUUACGGGCUAAUACAAGUGGUCGUGGUUCUAUUUGCUCUCAUUGCAAAAAGCAGGGACACGAUUUCUCAAAUUGUUGGUUCAAGGCUCCUUGUCCACAUUGCAAGAGAAAGGGGCACGAUCCAUCUCGAUGUUUUGAAGUUGUUGGGUAUCCUGCGGGUUGGACAGCAGGCCCGAAGACCGGAACGCCUGGUCAGAGCAAGGGGGGGCCUCGGGCUAAUCUGACAGCAGCCGAUUCUCAGUCUCCCACAUCUUCUUCGUCUCAAGCUUUCACCGCCGAGCAAUGGAAGGCACUGUCGGGUUUUAUUGGUAAUGCUAAAAUUCCUGACAAUCGCCUACAUGGACCGACUGAAGCAGCUGAUUGGAACGGGAAUUAGGCGAGACGGACUAUAUUAUUUCUUUGGCAAACCGACAGUGGUGCAACGGGUUUCUGCUGUUGAGGCAACGACAGAUUUGGAGCUUUGGCAUAGAAGAAUGGGGCAUCCUUCAGAGAAAGUAGUUAAGUUAAUUCCGCAUGUUAGUAACAAUACAAGUAGUUUAAAUAAAAGUUGUGAAGUAUGUUUUCGUGCUAAACAUUCUAGAGACAAAUUUCCCUUGAGUGACAAUAAAUCUUCUAGAAUUUUUGAGAAAAUACAUUGUGAUUUAUGGGGUCCA